ACAAAGUUCACAAAGUCUGAUAUUCGGGCAUUGCAUCGUCCGGCGAUUCAGUUCCCUCUUAAUCAAGAGAUCCAUCUUAGCAGGAUAAAGUCACAUAAGAAAUUGAAAAAGAGAAAACAUUAUAGAAAACGCGAGGAAAUGCGGAGUCCAAAAGAUCUAACAUUGAAGGAUAACAGUAAUUUUGUUUUGUUAGAGUAUUCGGAAGAAUAUCCACCAAUUCUUUCCAAUAUUGGAAUGGGAAGUUUGUUGCUUAAUUACUAUCGUAAAACAGACCCGUAUGACACUUAUGUUCCUGAGCUUAGCGUAGGCGAUCCAAUAAUACUUGAUAUGAUGGAUGAAUCGCCUUUCAUGAAUUUUGGAGAUGUUGAAAGAGGACAAGUUAUACCAUCAUUAUUUAACAAUUUGAUCAGAGCUCCGUUGUUCAGUCAUGAUGCCAAAGACACCGACUUCUUGGUCAUUAG